UUUAAAUAGGCGCUCAGCUGGAUCGAUGUGAACACGCUGCGAUCCAAAGAGUAGGACGAUGGCCACAUGAUGUUCCGGGACUGGUAGAGAAUGCCAAUUGGCACAAAUUUGUGUGCCAUCCAAAAUAUCGGACAUUCUUUUUAUUUCAUUCGAGCUGACAGUGAAUGCUGUGAUCCAUGAGGAUAGAGGCAGGCGGCUCCCCGGAACCACGACGGACUCUCUCUGCUCAUCCUUCCGAGAACCAGGACAGCGAUGUAACCCGAAGUCCGGCUGCACCGAAUAAACCGCUUGUGUAUGAACAGUGAACAUGCCGUCGCGGAUGUGGAGUGUUGGUUUGCUGAUGUGGUUCGCACUCUGCGGGUUCAUUUACAUUUAGGGGAUUUUCCUGACGCUUUAAUCCAAAGCGACCUACAACCAUUCAUUCACACAGCGACGGCGCAGGGCGACAGCACAGCUCAUCAGGGUGAGUUGUCUUGCUCUGGACCACCUCGACACCGAGCCAGGAGUAGCCGGGGAUCGAACUAGCAACCUUCAAGUUACCAGUCAACCCGUUCGACCUCCUGAGCUACUGUCGCACCGGGCCAUGUGAUUCAACGGGGACCCGCCAUCCAUCCCGACGGAGCGGCUCACGAUGCCCAGGGCUCUACGGAGGCUGGUUCACUUUAUGGUGUUCUGCCCUCUGUCGAAGGGCUUUCAGAGUCGCCUCCCAGCCAUAAAGGUGAAGUACCUGCUGUUGGCAUGGCUAUGCAUCCUGGGGGCCAGCUGGGUGGUCUACAUGCAGUACGCCUCCUACACUGAGCUCUGCCGUGGACACGUCUGUCAAGUGGUCAUCUGUGAUCACUACAGGAGAGGAAUCAUCUCUGGGUCAGCCUGCAAGGCCCUGUGUGACCAGAGGACUCUGACCCUGCAGAGGUGCCUGUCCACAUCCCCUGCUUACCAGGUGUACGAUGGCCAGUGGAAGGACCGGCCCGUGGUGAUCAAGUGUGGGCUGCAGGAGAGCCUGAAGGCGGAGGGGGCUCCGGACCCAGGACUCAGACCGGAGACCAGCCUGUUUGACAAGCCCACCCGCGGGACGUCCAUGGACGAGUUCAGGGAGAUGCUCCAUAGCUUCUUCAAGUCCAACCUGGGUGACCAGCCGUCCCUCAACGCUCUGGUGGAGCGGGUCAUCACACUGGCCGACGUCACCCGGGACGGCAAGGUGUCACUGGCCGAGGCCAAGUCGGUGUGGGCCCUACUGCAGAUCAACGAGUUUCUCCUGAUGCUAGCGCUGCAAGAGAAGGAGCACACCCCCAAGCUGCUGGGCUUCUGCGGGGACCUCUACGUGACGGAGCGCGUGGCCCACAGCGCCCUCUACCGGCUGGACGUCCCCAGCUACCUGCGGCCCCUUGUCCCCGAGGCGGUGAGCUCCGGCCUCAACCGUUGGCUGGCCCCGGCCUGGCCCCGCCGCGCCCGCAUCACCAUCGGCCUGCUGGAGUUCGUGGAGGAGAUCUUCCACGGCGCCUACGGCAGCUUCCUGAUGUGCGACGCCAGCCCACGGCAGGUGGGUUACAACGGCCGGUACGACUGCCGCAUGGCCGACCUGCGCAGCGUGGCGUCCGAGGCCACGGUGCGGGGGUACCUGCGCGGGCGGCGCUGCGAGACCAACGCCGACUGCACGUACGGCCGCGACUGCACCGCCACAUGCGACCGGCUGGCCAAGCAGUGCAACCUGGAGGUGGUGCGGCCCAACCUGGCCAAGGUGUGCACGCUGCUGCAGGACUUCCUGCUGUCCGGGGCACCAGCAGAGCUGCGGCCGGACCUGGAGAAGCAGCUGCGCACCUGCGUGACGCUCAGCGGCCUGGCCAGUCAGAUGGAGGUCCACCACUCGCUGGUGCUCAACAACCUGAAGACCCUGCUGUGGAAGAAGAUCUCCAACACGCAGUACUCGUAAGACACACGCCAGCAGAGGGGUGGGGUUAGGGGCUGGGAGAAGAGACCUGGUCCUGUAGGACCGAGAGGAAGCACUGCAAGGACGUUUUUUUUGCAGCAGCAGGGUGUGACCCACUAACGUUUGUCAGUGGGAUUUUUUCUGGUUGCCAAUGGUCCAUUAUCGGCUUUUACACAAGACUAUGAAUUAGAUGAAACUGUGAAUUUAUUAAAUAAAAGCAGAAGCCUCUUUCAAAUGUGUUUUUGUUAUAUGCUUUGUGUUGUAAAGCUUAGUAUUAUGUCAAUCUAUUAUUGAGAGGGAUUUUGCCUGUGUUUGAAAACAAAGAAAAUAAAUAUUUGGUUUUCUGAAAUAA